UUGAAUUAAGUCUAUAAAGGUUGAAUUGAAUAUAUGAGUUCAGCCGAAGAUCAAGUGUUAAAAGUAAAGUAAUGAUUACGCAAUCGCUGAACACACCACAUUCGAAAUCGAUUCGAGUGUUUACGCCCGGAAGAGAUUGUUUUCAUUUGGUGUUGGGUCCCCAACCGCCUAUCGUCCCAUUGCCCAUAUCAAUUAUUUAAGGCAGUGCAACUGACGUGUCUCAAUGUAAAUGAGUGCGCGAUUCCAUGGGGGAUUCGCUGGCCAUAAAGAAGGAAAAUCAACAUAGCCCACCUUAUGCAAAUAUCAGAGCUAAUCAACUUGCAGAAAAUGACCACCCACUCCGUUGUUGACCUGCGCUCGGACACCGUCAGCCAGCCCACGGACAAGAUGCGGGCCCGGAUGGCCGCCGCCGUGGUCGGGGAUGACGUUUACGGCGAGGAUCCCACCGUCAACGAACUGGAGGCGCGGACAGCGGCCAUUUUCGGCAAGGAGGCGGGCCUCUUUGUGCCCAGCGGCACCAUGGGAAAUCUACUGGCAAUUAUGGUUCACUGCCAUCGUCGUGGCACGGAGGCCCUGGUCGGCGAUUUAUCGCACAUCUUUCUGUACGAACAAGGUGGCGCCUCGCAUUUGGCCGGAGUCCAAUUAGCCACUCUGAAGAACGAGCAGGAUGGCACCUUUAGUCUACAGGAUCUGCGCCGCAGGAUUCGCCACGAAGACUGCCAUGAGCCCAUCACCUCGCUGGUGGUGGUGGAGCAAACCCACAAUAUCUGCGGCGGCAAAGUGGUGCCCCUGGCCUUCUUGGAUGAGCUAGCUGCUCUGGUCCGUCAGCCGGGCGUGGGCACUGGAAACGCCCGCAUCGCUCUCCACAUGGACGGAGCGAGGGUCUUUAAUGCGGCCACCGCCUUGGGCGUGGGAGUGGAGCGCAUCUGCCGCGACUUCGAUUCGGUAUCCAUCUGCCUCAGCAAGGGCUUAUCGGCUCCCGUGGGAUCCGUGUUGGUCGGCUCCAAGGCCUUCAUUACGGAAGCCCAUCGACUGCGCAAAGCUUUGGGAGGCGGAAUGCGACAGGUGGGAGUGUUAGCAGCAGCUGGACUGGUGGCUUUGGAUGAAGUGGUUCCACUUCUGAGCAAAGAUCACGAACGGACCAAGAAAAUUGCCAAAGCUAUUUACGGACUGAAUAGUCCCAACAUUACCGUAGACUUGGAGUCUGUCCAAAGCAAUAUCCUUCUGGUAGAGAUAACCCAACCCAAACUGAAGGCCAGUGAGUUCUCCACACGGUUGAGCAUCGUUGAUGCUGGAGAAGUGGAGGCCGGAGUGACGGACAAAAACGGAGCCGGAAUCGUGGUGAAGGCCAGUGCCCGGGAUUGGGCAUUUGCGAGACUGGUGCUCUACCAUCAGGUGGACGAUGAGCAAGUGGACCUGGCCAUCAAGAAGCUGAAGUACGUCAUCGGCCAGUACGACAAGCAAUGGCCCAGGACGUAGACUUUUGUAAUUCUUUUGAAUAUUACUGGAAAGACAAACACAAUUAGAUUUUGCAUUUUGUCGUUUAAUUAAAGACACAGAGGGAGCAAAAGAAGA